GACUGACUAAUUGAAAAUCAAGCUCGUCAACAAAUCGAUUUUGCUGCCUCUCUGUUCGAACUCCAUAGGCGCGUGCGGAGCACGGAUACACAAGCAACGAGCGAGAAAGAGUAAAGAUCGUACCUUUCUGUUCUUCUCUCUCAGCUCGUUGGGGGUCCGUGCAUUGUCUCUCGUCACAAACCGAACAGCAGCACUCACUUCCUUCUAACUUAAUCGUCCUUUCCAAGUCUUCACGAAAACCAUUUGGUUCCACAAGAGGUGGAUUUUUAGGGUUUCUAUUGCCAUCGUUAGUGAUGAUAGAUAAAGAAUGGAUUGUCCAUUUCUGCAAUAGGUGAUCAUGGAUAAACAUUUGGGACUUGGAUUUGAUUCAGAUGAAAGUGACUUAGAUGUGCAAGGUGAAACCUACGAGGAGUAUGGAAAAGUAGAAGUAAUCCCAAAAAACUUGGAAUUUUCUGUAGGUGAGGAUGAUGAAAUAGAAAAAAGGUCUCCUGCAGAUCUCCCUGAAAAUUCGGAAGGAUUAGAACCAUGCAUUGGCAUGGUUUUCAAUUCAAGAGAUGAAGCCAGAGAAUUUUAUGCUACAUACGGCAGGCGCACUGGCUUCACUGUCCGCAUCCACCAUAAUCGCCGGUCACGGGUAAACAAUCAAGUUAUUGGUCAAGAUUUUGUUUGUUCAAAAGAAGGUUUCCGUGCAAAGAAGUAUGUCUAUAGAAAAGACAGAGUUCUUCCUCCACCACCAAUUACUCGAGAAGGCUGCCAAGCAAUGAUAAGGCUAGCUUUGAGAGACGGAGGAAAAUGGGUUGUUACAAAGUUCAUUAAAGAGCACAGUCAUAAGCUAAUGAGUCCUAAUAAAGUUCCAUGGCGGGGAUCUGGAAAGCAGUUAUUAAGUGAGGAUGAGAAGGAUAAGAGAAUCCGUGAACUAUCACUCAAGCUGUAUAACGAGAGGCAGAAAUGUAAACGGCGGUGUGCUGCGUAUGAAGAACAGUUGAAUCUGAUUCUGAAAGAUCUAGAGAAGCACACAGAACACAUUUCAAAAAAAGUUGCCGAUGUAGUGCAGAGCAUAAAGGCAAUUGAGGAGGAACAAUCAGAUGAUUCUGAUAGUGAAUGGAUGUAGAACCGGGUUAGCUUACUUUCAAGAAUUGUUCCCAACGUCCAUGUUUAUCGUCAACAAGGCAUGUUAUCCAGUUCAUCUGUGGAAUUCGAUUGAGCUAAUCAUGGCAAAUGAAGUGCGAGAUCCUUUUAUUUUUCCAGUCAUACUUGCAGAGUUGUGAUUCAAGUGUACAUGGUCCAACGUGCUUUUGCCAAAGCUUCAAUGUAACAUCAUGUUUCCAUGUAAAAUAUAUUAGCAUAAGAUGUUCUUCAGUUUUGACAUUGGAACUGCAGCUUGUCAAUAAAUGGAUAUUCUUUUUGGUCU